ACUCGGCCGGCGGUGUUGCACGGUGACGGAGGGGGCGCUGCCGGCUCCGCUGCAGCUGCCAUUUUGUUGGCCGGCGCGGCGACGCACAGACGCGGCCGCUUGAUAACCUUGAGGACGACCGGCCAAUCGCCUAGCUUCUUUCGCCGCAGCAGCCAAUCAGAGCGCUUAUACCAACCAGUCUGCCAAUCCUGGCCCCGCUUACAGCGCUACCCAGUAGAUAGUCUCCGCAAGCUUGCUGUGGCCGUAGAGGCGGCGUUGCAGACCAAGCUAAGCUUGCGCUGUGCGCGUCGGGUGUGCCUCCGGCGGCGGUGAGGUGAGGGAGCGCAGCAGUGCCGGCCGGAGCGGACCGCUGCCGCCGCCGCUGACCGCGCGGCUGGAUGCGCCUCCGCGUCCGGUGACCGCCGCGUCAGCCGCCGACCGCUGCCGCUGCCGCCGUCCUUCGACGUCAUGGCCAACUUCCACAUGGUGAACGCUCUGAGCAUGAAUAUAAAGGACUCGCGUUGGUUGCAGCUGGAGGUCUGUAGAGAGUACCAGCGCAACAAGUGCAGUCGCAGUGACACCGAGUGCAAGUUUGCCCACCCACUGCCGCACGUGGAGGUGCAGAACGGGAAGGUGACCGCCUGCUUCGACUCCAUCAAGGGCCGGUGUAACCGCGAGAAGCCACCAUGCAAGUACUUCCAUCCACCACAACAUCUCAAAGAACAACUGCUCAUCAACGGCAGGAACAACUUGGCCAUCAAGAACGCGCUGAUGCAGCAGUUCGCGGCCGGCAGUCUACCGAUGGCGGGUACUGUGCCGGUCGCCAGCCACGGACAGUUGGUGCUGGCCUAUGCCGGCGGUGGUGGUGCAGAGAUGACGUCUCCGACGGCGCCCAUGUACAGCCUGCCGCCGAGCAUGUCCCAGUUCUAUACGGCGGCGCCGACACAGGCGGUGGGUGACGCCGGCCUGGUGGCACCGCUGGCACUGCCGCAGCUGCAGCAGAAGAUGCAGCGCUCGGACCGGCUGGAGGUCUGUCGCGAGUUUCAGCGGGGCGCGUGCAAGCGCGCCGAACAGGAGUGUCGCUACGCCCACCCGCCGGACCAAGUGGCCGUGGACGACGGCCAGGUCACUGUGUGCAUGGACGCGGUCAAGGGCCGCUGUGGCCGCGAGCCGUGCCGCUACUUCCAUCCCCCCUCGCACCUGCAGGCCCAGCUCCGGGCUCCGCGAGCUUCCCCCGCCGCACUGGGCGAGCCUGCCUACGACGCUCAAGUAUACUUUGGUGCCUUCCCCGGUAUGGGCGUGGCCUACAAGCGUUCGGCCGGUGACAAGGCGGGCAUACCGUGUUACCCGGCACCCGGCGCCGCCAGCUACCAGCAACUGAUGCUGCAGCAACAGCAGCAGAGCUAUCUGCACCAAACGCCAUGCAAUAACGCACACUCUGUGACAUACACGGACUCUCUGGGACAGUUGCUGGACAACCUUCCAGUGUGCCAAGAUUUUAGGAAAGGAGCCUGCGUUCGGCCUGCCUGUAAAUUUGUCCACUACGUCCCAGACCACGUGGAGAUCACCAGCAGCAACCAGGUGACGGUGUGCCGGGACUCUGUGCGCGGCAAGUGCGCCCGGCCGCGCUGCAAGUACUACCACCUGCCGGUGCUGCCGGCCGGGCCGGGCGAGCCGGCCGCCUCGGCCGCCGCGCUCGGCCUGCACCUGCUCUGAGCGGCGCCAAAUCAAACUACUAACGCUGUGCUGUAGACGAGUCAGCCGGCCGGCCGGACACGGACGGCCAGAAACAAAUCAAACUAUCCGACACAAUCGCUUAUGUGGGGCGGGCGCGGGGCGGCGGCCGGCCGUGGCGGCGGCCGCCGCUCCGUCCCGGCCAGCUCGUGCUCUUGCACGAGCCGGAUGCCCUCUUUGAACUUUAAGUGAUAGUUCAUGUUAAAGUGUUCUCAUUUUUGUAUAGACAAGUACCUUACUGGAAACUCUUCAAAAGAGUGUUAAGCUAGUGAGCGCGGAUAUUUGGGUAUUGGAUGGUGGACGAGCGAGGGGCCGGACGGCGCGCGGCCGCGUCGGGCCCGGCCGCUGCCGGAGGCGCCGCGACGCCGGCCGGCCCGCCGCCCAGCGGCCAGCCUGUUUGUACAUAUUUAUAAGGAUAGGUCUAGUCAGAGAAGCAGGGUGCGUGGGGCGCGGCGCUGGUGCGCGGCGGCCGGUGCCAACGCCGCGUCCCGGGGCGCGUCUAUUCGGCACGGUGGGGAGAAUCGCUUCGCUUUGUGACGCGUCCGCCGCGCGCAUCCGCCCUGGCCGCGGCCGGCCGGCCGGCCCGGUGGCUCCGCCGCCUCGCCAGUGCCAUAGCGGUCGCCGGUCGGCGGCUGGCCGCGCCCGCAGGCGCGCUGUCCCAGCGGACGGCGCCGCCGCGGGCAGCCGCCGGGCGGCGGGUCGGCGGCCCAGGUCCAGGCCGAGCCGUUCUAAACGGCGCCGCCUGCGCGCCAGCAGACGGCGCGCGCGAUCUGAUCGCACCCGGGAGGGCAGCGACCGAGCGCAGGCCGGCCGCCGACCCGUGCGCACCAAACCCAGAUAUCCUCAGCACGCCGUGAGAGACCUAGGAUUAGUUGGCCGCUGCGCGACGCGGCGUCACCCGCACAGGGUGGCGCCGUGCUCGCCACGCUUUCGCUUAGCAUUAGACGGGCGUCGGCGUCGGCGGCGGCCCCUGUGGCGGCCGCAGUCGCCGGCGCCCCCGAGGCGCCACCCUUCGGUCGGCCGCUCCGUAUGUGUUGCAUGCCUCCUCAUUGUUUGACGCCGCGGUGCCGGCGCGCGCGUCUCCCCCUCUGACGGCGCCGGUGGGCGGUACAACCGCCGCCGGCGCCGCGCUCGGACAGCCAGCGCUUCUCGAGUAGGUC